AGCCUCAUUAUAGAGGGUACAGACAGGCGGUUGGGCAACGGAUAGGGCCUGAUUUCACCCUGUGUACAAGAACUGGGACAAAUUAAUUUUCUCAAUCCCAAACGGUCUCAUUCUCAACUUCAGUGAAGCCGUUGCCCGUCAAAUCAGGAUGGACAGCUUGGAGAAGCAGCUUAUUUGUCCCAUUUGUCUGGAAAUGUUCACGAAGCCGGUUGUGAUUCUUCCUUGUCAACACAAUCUCUGCCGGAAAUGUGCCAAUGACAUUUUCCAGUCCUCAAAUCCAUACCUUCCCACCAGAGGAGGCUCAGUGGCGUCAGGCGGCCGUUUCAGGUGUCCGUCCUGCAGGCAUGAAGUUGUGCUCGACCGCCAUGGGGUCUACGGUCUGCAGAGAAACCUUCUGGUGGAAAACAUCAUUGACAUGUACAAACAGGAGUACAUCAGCAGCAGACCUUCUCCUGAACAGAAGGUUGACCAGCCUAUGUGUGAAGUCCAUGAGGAUGAGAAAAUCAACAUUUACUGCCUGACCUGUGCCGUUCCCACUUGUUCUAUGUGUAAAGUGUUUGGCGCCCAUAAGGACUGCGAAGUGGCCCCUCUUAGCAGUAUUUACCAGACGCAAAAGACAGAGCUCUCGGAUAGAAUAGCAAUGAUGGUGGGCAAUAAUGACAGAAUCCAAGGCAUCAUCAGUCAGUUGGAGGAGACCUGCAGAAGCAUAGAGGAAAAUGGCAGGCGACAAAAAUCCAAGGUGUGUGAAAAGUUUGACCAUUUAUACUCCAUCCUGGAGGACAGGAAGAGAGAGAUGAACGUGAAAGUGAACUCUGAACAGGAAGAAAAACUGAAUUACAUACGUCGCCUUACAAGGAAGUAUGGAGAUCAUUUGGAGUCUAUGACAAAAAUCAUGGAGACGGGAAUCCAGACACUGGAAGAACCUGAGAUGGCUGUUUUCUUACAGGAUACCAAACCCCUCUUGCAAAAAAUUGCAGAGGCAUCGAAUACCUCGCACCUGGAGAGAGUGGAGCGUGGCUAUGAGAAAAUGGAUCAUUACUCUGUCAGCUUCAAAAGAGAGGGCAGGGCUCUACGCAAUAUCGACUUCUCCAGAGAUGACGACGAAGAGGAGGAGGACGACGAUGAAGUGGCUGUCGAUGCGGACGUCCGGGCAGAGCAAACAGCCUCGGGAGAAGUGGAUUCACUAAAUGAAGCUCUUCCUCCCCUUCUUCCCCCACAACCCCUGAGCACACGCAGACCCGCCACAUCAUCCUAACUUCACCAAGUGCAUAUGCCGACCCAAAUAUUGAUCCAGCGAUCAUUUUGCAAGCUGUUCGAAACAAUACGGACACCUACAUUUCAAAAACAGACUAUUUUACCAGUGGCCGGCACCAUCUCUGUUUCAGUAACUGCUUAGAAAAAGUCACUAGAUGACUAAAUAUAACUGGAGAUGGCUUAAGAAAUCCUUCCAAGAUUUGUGGUGUUGUUUACUGCGUAGGGAGUGUUCGCGUGGUGUUUCAUUGCAGUUGGCACGCCAGUGGUAUUUGACUUAUGAAUGACAUGAUUGGCUUUAAAUGUUCUCUGGAUUUCGUAUUUAUAUACGUCAACGUCAAAUAAAAGGCUACCCUCA